AUGGCGUGGGUUAGUUGUCCUGUGCAAUUUCAUUGUUGUAGUGAUAGGGCAGAUCAUGAGAGUUCUUUGUCGGGUUAUUUAGCCAAGAUUACAGCCCUGUUAGCGGACGAUGCGGUUAAUAGGGUUGCUCUGUGGGGCUUAGAAGGUUGUGGUAAAACGGUAAUUGCAAAGACUUUGAACAACAACAUUAAGAGUCGAACUUGUGAUCUACGGUUUGAUUUAGUGAUUUGGGUUCCAUGUUAUAAAGAGAUUAACAUUUCAAGGCAAUUACACCAAAUCGCUAGAAGGUUGACCCUUUUUUACGCAGAGGAUGCACCCGAUGCGGUAAUAGCUGGUUUAAUUUUCCGUAAGUUGCAGAAAUUUAAAACGUGUCUCAUCAUCCUUGAUAACGCCCUCGCGUCCAUCGAUUUAGAUCGUUUGGGUAUCCCAUGGAGAAAUUAUCAAGGAGACAAUGGGGUGAGAGUCAAAAUUCUUAUCACCACUAGGGACCGCGGUGUGUGCCGGAAGCUGCUAGUUGAUCAAACCCUAAAACUUGACUUCCUAAGCGCUGAUGAUGCUUGGAAGUAUUUCUGCUCUGUGGCUGGAGAAAAAAAUGCUACGUCAGCCACUGUCGAACCCAUUGCAAAGCAAGUUUGUAGCAAACCCCAAGGUUAUCCUUUUGCGAUCACGGUCGUGGGGAAAAUACAACUACAGUGUUCAUAUAUCGGCUGGUGGCAGAUGGGUUUGCGAGACCUAAACUUCCCUCACCGUGCGAGUGAGAUUACUAGUGAAAUCAUAUACGCUUCUCUAAAGUUGACAUAUGAUUGCUUGCAAGACAAGAAGAUGAAACAAUGCUUUUUGUUAUGUGCGUCGUAUCCCGGGGGUUGCAUAAUCAAGUUAAAAGAAGUUGUGUGCCUUAUGGUGGCUAAAGGGAUUAUUAAAGAUUGCGAGGGUUGCCAACACGAGGGCCUUAUGUUGGUUGAAGGCUUGAAAGACGUUUGUCUUCUAGAAGACGGUAUUGACGAUGAGACGGUUACAAUGCACGAGUUGAUUCGCGAUUUCGCCCGAUGGCUUAUGUCCACAGACGCAGGAAACAUUGAGCAGCUAGAUGAUCAGUCCUCCUCUCCCAUGACAAACCCGUGA